CUAGAUAAGACAAAGUGAAAAGUUCUGAAAACCAGUUCAAUCUUGAAUCUACUUUAGACUUGAGAAGUUAGAACAAGUGAAUUUGGGGGAAAUUCAAAGACAGGGAGAAAUGGUGAGUGAAGGGGUGACUGUGACAACAGCAAUGGUUGCAACUCAGCUCUUGGAAGUGGGCUUGAACACUCUAGUGAAGUCAGCCACCGACAGUGGAAUGAGCAACUAUGUUUUCAUUGUCUACUCAAACCUUUUGGCUCUCUGUUUCCUUCUACCAGCCACCAUCCUCUACCACAGGAAGAGUGCUCCUCCCCCAAUUCCAAGCUCAAUUCUCCGCAGAAUAUUUCUUCUUUCUUGCCUCAGUACUGCAGUGCAGACUUUGCUGUACAAUGGAAUUGGAUAUAGCUCUCCCACACUGGCCUCAGCUAUGAUAGACCUUGUCCCUGCUUUUACCUUCACACUGGCUGUAAUUUCCAGGAUGGAAAAUCUGAACCUGAAACUGCAUAGCAGCCAGGCGAAAAUUGUUGGUACACUUGUCUCCAUUGCAGGGGCAUUAAUCUUGACUUUAUACCAAGGAAUGCCAAUUAUUAGAGGUUCUAUGCAAAAUUUAGUAUUGGGAGGAAGUGGAACUUACCUCUCAGUGCAAUCAAAUUGGAUACUUGGUGGUUUUCUUCUUGCAACUGCUUGCUUUAUUGUUUCAGUAUUGUAUAUUGUACAGACUUGGAUUAUGAGGGAAUAUCCUGAAGAGCUAGUAGUAACAACCGUUUGUUGCAGCAUGGUGGUGGUCCUAUCUGCCAUAGUGGGUCUAAUUGCAGAGGGAACUUCAAGAGCUUGGAUUCUCAGACCUGAUAAAGAGUUGGUAGCUGUGUGUUAUUCAGCAAUUUUUGUGGUAACGAUGCGGAGUGUUGUGUAUGCAUGGGCGUUUCGUAAGAAGGGACCAAUUUAUGUAGCUAUGUUCAGCCCUUUAGGAAUGGUAAUUGCGGUUGUCUUGGGAGUAUUAUUUCUAGGAGACAUUCUUUAUCUGGGAAGCCUGAUUGGAGCUGUCAUAAUAGCUAUUGGAUUCUAUGGUGUGAUAUGGGCGCAGGCUCAAGAGGAAAAUGAUUUUGCUUCAUCUUCUUCUUCAGCCCCUCUCAUCUACAGCAAAGGCAUAGAUGCAUAGAUGAUUCUCCUUUCUUGUAGGGUAGGUGGCGGAUCUUGAACAAUAAAUUUUGGGAGUCAAAAUAAAAUUUCAAUAAGGUCGAUUGCUCAAUUACUAGUUUAUUAAUGUUCAUCUUAAAUAGGCAAUAGCUGCAACAUUGAUAUAUACCCUAAUACCUUUAUUUGUAUCAAAUUAAUGUUAAUAUAAUAAUGAAUAAUUAACUUCUCAAAUAAUUGCCUGUUGGCAUGUCCAGCAAUGAAAUGUCACUGUUUUGUUGGCAGGCAAAUUGUUAAUGAAUGACAAGGAAAGAACAAGUCUCACUAA